UAAUAAUGGACGGCAAGGCUGAUCUGGUAGCUCCUUUGAAUCAAGAAUCCCUUACUCCUCAACUAAACAAGAUUUCUGCAGAGGUUACGAGUCCCAAAAGACCAUGCAAAGCCAAAAGAAGAUUGAAUUUCUGUGAUGGUUAUGUAAAGAAAAAGAGAAAAUCGAAAUCACAAACAAAAACACUUGAGACAGCAAAGAAGCAAAAGGUUGAUGUGCCCAGCCAAAAAAAUGAUGGCUAUGCAAUACCUGACAAAUGCGAGAUGAAGGUUGAAGCACCUGUCAGCUUCUCAACUGGUGAUCUAGUGUGGGCCAAGCUCAAAGGAUUUGACUGGUGGCCAGGAAAGGUGGUGUCUUACCUGGAGGCUCGCCGUUCUGCACCAAAUCCAGGAAACCACUGGAUUAAGUGGUUUGGAGACAGCAAGUUUUCACAGGAGAUGAACGUUCGAUGCUCAGUAAUACCAUCUGGUAGCGAUGAAGAUGAUGAUGCUGAUGAUGAAUCUGACGGAGCAGACAAGUCAAAGGUUCGCUUUGGUAAACCAGUCAAUGAACCAAACCUCGCCAGUGAUGUCAAAGCAUUAUUUGAUGAAGUAUUAGACGGAAAACGGAAGCUAGAAGAAAUAUGUUUAGGUUGUGGGGAUCUCAAAGUCUGUGCCAAACAUCCAUUGUUUGAGGGYGGCCUCUGUAAAGAAUGCAAAAUGUACUGUACUAUUUGUGGUGACGGUAAAGAAGUAUUCAUGUGUGACAAUGAGGGAUGUUUCAGGUCUUAUUGUGGACUGUGUAUUGACAUGUUGGCAGGACAAGGGACAGUUAGAUCGAUAAUGUCACAAGAGAAGUGGAUCUGUUACAUGUGUUCUGGGAAAACUAAACGAUUGAUCAAAAGAAGAAAAGACUGGCAAGCCAGGUUACACGAGCUGUUCGUUAGUGACAGACAGGCUGAAUACGAAUUACCACCAGUGUAUCCCAUAAUUCCACCUGAAGAUCGUAAACCAAUCAAAGUUCUUGCUUUAUUUGAUGGAAUAGCUACAGGACUGCAAGCCUUGUUAGAUCUUGGUAUUGAAGUAGACACCUAUUACUCGGCAGAGAUAGAUGAGCAGGCCAUACAAGUAGCUAAAGUACAACAUGGAGACAAGAUUGUCCAUCUUGGUGAUGUGAAAAACAUCACAGAAAAACAG